AUGGACCUCGCUUCAGCGCCCCGUGGGGAGAGCCCGCCGUUGAAGACCCCGCUGGUGGAGAUCGAGUCCGCGGAGGUGGAAAGAAGCCUCCCGCAAGAGAACACUGCCGAGGCUGGGGAGGAGAAGGGAGCAAACACCCACUCCGAGUACGAGACUGACAGCGAUGGCUUGGAAGAUGAAUGGGAGAGUCAAUCUCUCUACGAGGACUCCAUCCAAACGAUCCGCGACGACCAGCUUCGCGACGGUUCAAUCCCCGAUGCUUGUACCUUCGAGGAGGCUGUUGAGUUUCGGAAAAGACUGCAUGAAGUCGGCAAGGCGCAAUUUGUGGAGGAGACGAUCGCUCGCGACACAGUGACCGCGAAGAAACUGUGCACUGCUUUUGGGAUUCUUCCGCCCUCUUUCCUCGAGGGCGCACCCGAUGAGGCGUAUCAUCCAUUGUUGGCGAUCGCUAUAUCCCGAGAAUUUACGAGGCGUCGGAAGUUACCCCAGUACAAUUCGGUUGAUGAUGCUGUGGAACUUCUUAAGCAGUCCAAGAAUAUCAUUGUCUUGACUGGAGCCGGUGUAAGUGGCGCAUUGUUUCUCAGACAUGCAGCGGGUAUUGAUAACUAUCAGAUCUCUACGAGUCUCGGAAUUCCGGAUUUCAGAUCCAAAGACACUGGUCUCUACUCCAAGCUGGAGCACCUUGGUCUAAGUGAUCCUCAGGAAGUCUUCGAUAUUCACAUUUUUCGCGAAGACCCUAGUAUCUUCUAUUCGAUUGCGAAGGAUAUUCUCCCAACCGAGAAGAAGCACUCGCCGACUCAUGGGUUCAUCCGACUGCUUCAGGAUAAGGGGAAGCUGCUUACCAACUACACUCAGAAUAUCGACAACAUAGAGGCCAACGCUGGUGUGCUUCCUGAGAACAUCGUGCAGUGCCACGGCUCCUUUGCGAAGGCCACUUGUGUCAAGUGUCAGUAUAAGGUCCCUGGGGAUGAAAUCCAUGACGAUAUUAAGAAAGGUGUGGUCCCUGAAUGCGCACAGUGCCGCAAGCGCAUCGCCGAAGAGGCGCAGAAGCCCCAAGGACAGAAGCGGAAGCGCAACAGCACUGGCGCUCACAAGGAUAGAAGUAAGAGUGGAGAGGACAGCUCUGAUGAGGAAGACUACGAAAUACCCACGCCAGGGGUGAUGAAGCCGGACAUCACAUUCUUUGGAGAAGAUCUUCCUGAUGAAUUUGGGCACCGUCUCCUUCACCAUGAUCGGGACAAGGUUGACUUGGUCAUUGUCAUUGGAACGUCGCUGAAAGUCGCGCCCGUCGCGGAAGUUCCAGGCGUACUGCCACCUCACAUACCUCAGAUCUACAUAUCCCGAACCCCUGUAACACAUACGAACUUUGAUAUUGAUCUAUUAGGCGACUGUGAUGUGGUGGUGUCCGAGCUCUGCCGUCGAGCUGGAUGGGACUUCAACCAUGACAUGAUACCCCCCGACGAGAACGUCGACGUUACUCCAGUUUUCGGAUAUGGCUCACGACAUGUAUUCAAGGUUAGCGGGUAG